AGGCGCAGAUGGGGAGGGUGGCUUUGGAAAGUCCGUGGGAUGCGCCGAACCUGAUUCGGUUCGGCGGAGCCACGGCGACGAGGCUGUGGAAGUUCAUGGAGGGGCAUGUGCUGCCGAGCCUGAGGGACGAGCUUCGGCCGGGCGUGAGGAUGAGGUUUGGGGGAGGUGAUUCACGGGCGGGUGGUGCCAGCAGGCUUGAUGUCAGGGGAGAGAGGGGAAAGAGGGUGGGGAGGUGUGGUCUGAUGAUGCAUGGGGUUCAGAUGGGUCGGAUGAGGUGGGAAGAGAUGAGGAUGAGGAAGAGGACGACGAGGAGGAUGAGGAUGAAGAGGAAGAGGAAGGGGAGGACGAUGAGGACGAUGAGGGGCGAUGAGGAUGAGGAGGAUGAAAAUGAUGUUGACGAUGAUGGAGAUGAGGAUUGGGAGGAGGACGAAGAAAGCGGAAUCUGACCAUCACAGAGAGGAGGGCGGUGGGCUUGAAAUGGGA